AUGUAUCCUUCCCAAACCCCUGCUAUUUGGUUGGAGCGGGAUAGUGGGGAUAGCUUGGAGGAUAUCAUUCGGGCUACGCGCAAGGAGGCAUUGAAGGAUUGUGGCGGUCAAGUUUGUCCACAGAAAUACUAUCCAUUCCUGUUGGGCCUAGUUGUCCAGGGUAAACUCAAACCCUCAUGGAUGUUCACAUAUGAAGACGAGGACAUCGCCGAAGAGUACCGCAAGUCCGCGCGGCAUGAAGUUCCCGGCGGAUUUCAAGUAUGCCUGGUGACAUCGACAUCCUUCGGACGCACUGAGCAAAACCACGAGAGCAGCGAUAUGAAUGCGGCUCGAGAUUGCUAG